AUGGCUGUGCUGGCCCAUCUGCUCAGGCCGGUGCCAGCAACCCGCAGAGCAUACUCGACCUUCUCCAAGCCAGGUGGGGGACGCUUCUUCAACUCGUCGAAGCCGCCAAAAGUUGUGUCUGGUACCACAACGACUAUCAUCGACGCGAAUGCCGCCUCCGAUGCCUCUGCAAAGGAUCAAUCUUCUCAGCAAUCGCCUAGCACUCCAGCAGGGUCAGAGGCAUCUUCUGCUUUGACUUCUGUGCUGCCUGUGCCAUCGGCUGCAGUUUCGAUGCACCCUGGGGUCAACUCGCAUGAUCUCAGGCUUCACCAAUUCUUCUCUCUCCAUCGACCUCUCCUGCUCAUGUCGCAGCCAACGUCGAUGAUAUUCGAAUCGGCGGCAACUCCAUUCUCCAUCCCUCCAAAAGCUACUCCUGCGGUAUCGGUGGAUGGUCUCAACGAGCCGCCCGAGGCAACACCGGAAGAAGAUGCCGAUGCGGCGCGGCUCCUGGCGAGGGCAUUGGUGAUCAACAGGGUUGCACCGUCUAUCGCAUGGGAGAACACUCUUCAGAAGUUGGGUCUGGACUUGAGCGAGGGAAGGGCGGAGGAGGUAAAACUGGCAGAGGCCGAGUUUGAUGCAUACAUGGAUAGCACCAAGAGGAAGCGUCGAAAGAAGAUGAAGAAACACAAGCUGAAGAAGCGGCGCCGUGCUACACGGUCUCAACGGAUCAAGAUCGGUCGGUGA